UCCCCGCAUAUCCACACAUAUCCACACAUAUCUCCAAGAAAUGGCAACCACUUCAUUGCUCUCAGCAGUUUCAAGAAGGUUGGAAGGUAAGGCAGCUUUGAUCACCGGAGGAGCCAGUGGGAUAGGCCGAAGAACUGCCGAAAUCUUCGCCCAACAUGGAGCCAAAUUAGUCAUAGCCGAUGUCCAAGACGAGCUUGGCCACUCCGUAUCCCAAUCUAUAUCAUCAUCAGGCGCCAAAAACGACGUCACUUAUGUCCACUGCGACGUAACAGACGAAAACCAAGUCAAAGCUGCGGUGGAAAAAGCAGUAAACUCGUUCGGAAAGUUAGACAUAAUGUUCAACAACGCCGGCAUAAUUGGCGACAGCAAAUUCCGACUCGUGGAGAGCGACAAGGACGAUUUCGAACACGUGUUGCGAGUGAACGUCACAGGCGUCUUUCUCGGCAUCAAACACGCUGCCCAAGCCAUGAUUUCCGCCAACAAUGACAGCAUUGUUGGCGGCAGCAUCAUAUCGACAGCUAGUGUUAGCGCGAGCCUGGGCGGCACGGCCUCGUACGCCUACACUUGCUCGAAGAGUGCAGUGUUGGGGCUGACGAGGAACGCUGCUGUGGAGUUGGGACAGUUUGGAAUAAGAGUCAAUUGUGUGUCGCCGUUCACGGUUGCGACGCCGAUGUCUAAGGAGUUUACUGGGUUUAGCGAGGAGGAGGUUGAGAAUAUGUCAGGUGAGAUUGCUAACUUAAAGCAUGUGAGGCUUAAGGCAGAUGAUAUUGCUAAUGCAGCUCUGUUUUUGGGUAAUGAUGAGGGUCGGUAUGUGAGUGGACAUAACCUUGUUGUUGAUGGAGGUAUGGUUAUUGUUAAUCCUUCUUUUACUACUCUUCAACAAAAAAAUUAAUCGGACUUGAUUGUACUAUUAUCUAUCUAUAUAGGCGAAUUCUUUAGUCCAUCAGAGGACUGAGUCCUUCAGUUUGGGGCCCAUUUUUUUGUCGAGUGUGAAAAUUUUAUAGGAGUUUGUCUCUUUUUCAUAUUUUCUUUUGACUUGCAAUCACCGCUUGUGUGAACUGGUUGGUAUUGUGAGUAUGAAAAGUAUGGGCAAAAAAAUAAUUCCCUGUCCAAAAAUAUGUACAGUUGAGGGCUUGAUCGUAAACUUAAUAUAAACUUAAGAGAUAUUUACGAUUUUGGUAA